GUAGUUUAAUCUGACAAGACGCACUAUAUUAUCACCUAUGAAGUAAAUAGUAGGCACUCGUGGGUUUCCUGUUAGAAACGAUAAAAAUCUAGGUUACUGUUGUGAUGCACUGUAGAUUUUUCUGCACGAUGAAAACAGCUCUCAAGUAGUUGUUGCUAUACUAUAAAUACGCUCCGGCGAUAGUGCAAAGCAUAGUUUUGAUACGUUAAUAUGAAGCUUACCGUGGUAUUAGCAUUCGUCGCUGCAGCUGUGCUAGCUGAAAUUCAGCUAUCGACAUGCUACAAACUUGAACCCAAAGAAGCCGAGGCCGUGGCAAUCUUCAACUUUUGGCAGGUAGAGAAAGACAAGUCAGAAAAACCCAAUGAUUCCAAGGCUAAGCCUGAACCUCCAAGUGAGGAGUCAGAAAAGUCGAAGGAAUCAAAUGAAUCCGGGGACAAACCAAAACCUGGACCCAAGCCCGACUCCAAGUCAAGUGAAAGUGAUGAUUCAGAUAAGUCAAAAGAUUCUGAUGAGUCUGAUGACAAGUCAGAUGAGUCACAAGAAUCAAACGAAUCCGGGGACAAACCAAAACCUGGACCAAAGCCUAAGCCUGAACCCAAACCCGACUCCAAAUCAAGUGAAAGUGAUGAGUCAGAUAAGUCAAGAGAUUCUGACGAGUCUGAUGACAAGUCAGAUAAGUCAAGAGAUUCUGACGAGUCUGAUGACAAGUCAGAUAAGUCACAAGAAUCAAACGAAUCCGGCGACAAACCAAAGCCUGGACCAAAGCCUAAGCCUGAACCCAAACCCGACUCCAAAUCAAGUGAAAGUGAUGAGUCAGAUAAGUCGAAAGAUUCUGAUGAGUCUGGUGACAAGUCAGAUAAGUCACAAGAAUCAAACGAAUCCGGCGACAAACCAAAGCCUGGACCAAGGCCUAAACCUGAACCCAAACCCGACUCCAAAUCAAGUGAAAGUGAUGAGUCAGAUAAGUCAAGAGAUUCUGAUGAGUCUGAUGACAAGUCAGAUGAGUCACAAGAAUCAAACGAAUCCGGGGACAAACCAAAACCUGGACCAAAGCCUAAGCCUGAACCCAAACCCGACUCCAAAUCAAGUGAAAGUGAUGAGUCAGAUAAGUCGAAAGAUUCUGAUGAGUCUGAUGACAAGUCAGAUGAGUCACAAGAAUCAAACGAAUCCGGCGACAAACCAAAGCCUGGACCAAAGCCUAAGCCUGAACCCAAACCCGACUCCAAAUCAAGUGAAAGUGAUGAGUCAGAUAAGUCAAAAGAUUCUGAUGAGUCUGGUGACAAGUCAAGUGAUGAAUCUGAGUCGGACGAGUCUCGGGACUCAAGCGAAUCCAAAGAAGACUCCCAUAGUUCCAGCUCCAGUGAAUCCCGUUCCUCAAGUGACGAGUCCAGAUCCAGCAACUCAAGGGCGCAUUCUGACAGGUCUAGGUAUAACGGACCUCGACGUCCAAGACAUGAAUCUAGAUCUCACAAGCCAGGCCAGCACCAUCACGCUCACCAUCAUCCGAAUAAUCUUUCCGAUAAUCGUCAUUCUGCUCACUAA